UGCAGCGUGAGUUCCCUUCAGAGCCACAAACUGUCAAAAUUCGCUUGACUGUAACAGUCUGAGAAUUCUCACCAGGAUACCAGAACUCGCAUCUACUUGACCUCUUUUUCGUAUAUUGCUCUUCACUCUUCAAGACGUCAGAACAAGAGAAAAUGAAAGUUGUCGGAUCUACCUGCACUCUCAAGAACACCGAGGACAUGGUCCGGUGUCUCUCCGAACAGAGUAUGGCCAUCUCCAAGUGCAAGAUCCCAAUGCUGGACGAGCAGAUGAGUGUAUUUCUGCAGGACAUGAACAGUUGCUACAGCAAGCUGAAGGAGCUGGUGCCCACUCUGCCAGCCAACAAGAAAGCCAGUAAGAUGGAGAUUCUGCAGCAUGUUAUCGACUAUAUCUGGGACCUACAGGUCGAGCUGGACGCACCCGGCAAACAGCAGGCCACAGAUGCACCCCGGACCCCUCUGACAACCCUCAAUGCAGAAAUCGCCAGCAUCUCUGUGGAGAACGGAUGCUCCGACGACAGAAUUCUCUGCCGCUGAUUAAGCAACAUAUAACCAUUAACCGAAGCAACAUGAACGGUGUUUUCGCCAGCCAUGGAUGACAUUUCGUCGCAUUUUAUGUCUUGCAUCAAGCAGUGAAGCGACGUGAAAAUCCAUGAUAUGCGUAGAUAAACAUUCUGAGUUGAAACUACGAAGUGUCAGGUCAGGAGAGCUGUCCCCACGCAGCCACAGGUGUCCUGGUGUCACCAAGAAGAGCGGCGCGCUCCGGGAAGACGCGUGCUGGUCGAGCUGAGACUGAGGAUGGUCAUCAACAACAUAGCAUCCUAACCCAACGAGCUCUCCUCGAUGUUGAUACAUGUUGGACUUUAUGCGAAAUCAUCUUUCAUUCCUUAUGAUAUUUUCUGUCUUUUGAGCAAUUUAUAUGUAGAAAAUAUUUAUAUUUUAAAAUGUCAAUUUCUCAGAUUGCUGAGCUAUAUUUGUAUUGUAUAUUACAAUGAUUCAGAUGUGAUCCCCAAUAUUGUUUUUAUAACAAUGUACUUCUCGUGUUUUUAUUAAAACAAUAUAUGUUAGGUGAGAA